AUGGCGAAACCAGUUUCAAUCGAAGUUUGGAAUCCAAACGGUAAAUACAGAGUUGUUAGCACUAAAUCAAUGCCUGGAACUCGUUGGAUCAAUCUUCUCAUUCAACAAGAUGUUCGUCUUGAAAUAUGUACCGAGAAGAAAACUAUUCUGUCUGUUGAAGAUAUCAUUGCUUUGAUUGGUGAUAAGUGUGAUGGAGUUAUUGGACAGCUGACUGAAGACUGGGGAGAAGAGUUGUUUUCUGCUUUGAGCAGAGCUGGAGGCAAAGCUUUCAGUAAUAUGGCCGUUGGUUAUAAUAAUGUCGAUGUCAAUGCUGCAAAUAAGUACGGUGUUGCUGUUGGAAAUACUCCUGGAGUGCUCACGGAGACUACAGCAGAGCUGGCAGCAUCACUGUCCUUGGCAGCUGCUAGAAGGAUAGUUGAGGCAGAUGAGUUCAUGAGGGCAGGACUAUAUGAUGGAUGGCUACCUCAUCUAUUUGUUGGAAACCUACUCAAAGGGCAGACCGUUGGUGUUAUCGGAGCUGGCCGUAUUGGAUCAGCCUAUGCAAGAAUGAUGGUUGAAGGGUUCAAGAUGAACCUGAUAUACUUUGAUCUCUACCAAGCUACGAGACUUGAAAAAUUUGUCACAGCUUAUGCUGAUUUCUUAAAGGCAAAUGGUGAAACACCGGUGACUUGGAAAAGGGCAACAUCCAUGGAUGAGGUUCUCCAGGAGGCUGAUAUAAUUAGUCUUCAUCCUAUCUUGGAUAAAACCACUUAUCAUCUUGUCAACAAGGAAAGACUCGCCAAGAUGAAGAAGGAAGCAAUUCUUAUAAACUGCAGUAGAGGACCUGUUAUUGAUGAAGCUGCACUUGUGGAGCACUUGAGACAGAACCCAUUGUUUCGUGUAGGCCUUGAUGUGUUUGAGGAAGAGCCCUACAUGAAACCCGGGCUUGCAGAGUUGAAGAACGCCAUUGUAGUACCACACAUUGCAUCUGCUUCCAAGUGGACCCGUGAGGGAAUGGCGACACUAGCAGCUCUUAAUGUUCUGGGGAAGAUCAAAGGCUAUCCAGUAUGGUUUGAUGCCAACAGGGUGGAACCAUUCCUCAACGAGAACGCUCAACCACCAGCUGCAUGCCCAAGCAUUGUUAAUGCAAAAGCCCUGAGCUUACCAGUUUCGAAGCUGUAG